UCCCCACAAGGACAUUUUGACCAAUGGCUCUUUCCUUUUGGUUGUGAAAACUAAUUAAUGCGCACGAUAAGGUUUUUGGACUAAAAGUUAUGUUGACCAAUAAAAAUGUACCAAAACGCGGAAAAUGUUUACUAUAAUCCUUUUUUGGUUACUAUACAUGUUGGACUAAAGAUGUUAUGGCCCAACAAAAAAAAAUUAUGAAAGACCCGAAAUAAAAACGUUACAUGAUGAUUAUAUGAACACACUAUUUAUUAAGAAUCUGAAUUUUCGUACUCGACCAGAUCGCAUUAUAAAUAUUUUUUAUGUAGUGACUUAUGUUUAUGAACACUCUAUUUUCUUUAUAGGCAUAGCAGAUCUAACCGUAUAUUAUCCGAAUUGUGUGUGGUGUAGGAGUGGAGGAAGAAGGGUCUUUUUUUUUUUAUCAAACAUAAGGAAGUGAACGAUGGCAAAUGCAAUGAGUUGAACUAAAGUUUGAUUAGUAAUAUAUCGAAUCUUGUGAGAGUUCGCUAAAAGAAAAUCAUAAUAAUGUAACGAAAUUUAGUCACUACUUUCACAUUAUUUAUAUUCUACAAGUUCAAAACUGGCGUUGCCAAUGCCACCAUAGUUUGAGUCUUUUAGACUCGUGAACACAGCUAGAAGUUAUGAAAGUCGUAAAUACACAGCAUAACAGAGUGCCAAUUCUUGAAAAAUCAACAAAUCUAUUUAAUGAAAAACUAUAUUUUAAAAAGGGAUAGAAUUAUGAUACGUGUCACCUGGAUGCACUUGCUAAAACCCAAUCACGCCGACGUAGCAUAUGUCAAAGACGGUGUCUCGCGUUCCACGUGCGACUCAUAUGAUGAUUCCCACUUCGCUGAUAUGUCAGUCUAUAAUUUUGCAGUUUCCUCUUUGUGAGGUGAGUUUUGUCCCAUGCUGUGAAGAAUUAAUUAAUUUGUUAUACAAAAUUGUCGUUUUGGCAACAUAUGCUGUGUUAUCAGAUAAAACAAUAUGCUGUACGUUCAAAACACCAUAAAAGCUGUGUGUAACUUGCAUGCAGUAAUUUACGAUUAUACCAUCACAGUAUAUGUGUCAACAAAUUACUGUUUCAUACGUAAACCUGGGCUAUUCAAAGUCACAGGUGAUACGCAGGUAAGCAACAAACAUCAUUACCUUUUUGAAUCUUAAGUUUUGUUGGUUUAAUGUUUGCCAAUAAAUUUCUUCGCGAAAACUUCUUGUCACUUGAACUAAAUAUAGCCUUUCUGAAAAGAGAACGAUUUCCAAAAUGGCCUUUAACAUAACCGCCGUGAAAACCUCCUCUGACGGAGCAUGGCAAGGCGACAAUCCCUUGAACUUCGCCUUUCCGUUACUCAUCGUCCAAACGGCGUUAAUCGUCGCCGUCAGUCGCUCCCUCGGCCUCCUCUUCAAACCUCUCCGCCAACCGAAAGUCAUCGCCGAGAUAGUCGGAGGGAUAUUGUUAGGACCGUCAGCUUUAGGUAGAAACACGGCGUAUAUGCACCGUAUAUUCCCGACAUGGAGCAUGCCUAUACUCGAGUCCGUUGCGAGCAUAGGACUCCUCUUCUUCCUCUUCCUCGUCGGUCUCGAGCUAGAUUUAUCAUCCAUCCGCCGCAGCGGAAAACGCGCUUUCGGAAUAGCAGCCGCCGGGAUCACACUCCCGUUUCUCGCCGGCGUCGGAGUCGCCUUUGUGAUCCGCAACACUCUCUACACCGCCGCCGAUAGAACCGGAUACGCCGAGUUUCUCGUUUUCAUUGGAGUGGCUCUCUCCAUCACAGCUUUCCCUGUGCUCGCGCGUAUCUUAGCUGAGCUCAAGCUAUUGACGACUUGGGUCGGAGAAACGGCGAUGGCUGCAGCCGCUUUCAACGAUGUAGCCGCGUGGAUUAUGCUCGCUUUAGCGGUUGCGUUAGCGGGUAGCGGCGGUGGGGGGAAGACGAGUCCGUUGGUGUCGUUGUGGGUUCUGUUAUCGGGUGUCGUGUUUGUUGUUUUUACGUUGGUCGUGAUCCGACCCGGAAUGAAAUGGGUCGCGAAACGCGGAUCUCCUGAAAACGACGUCGUACGUGAGUCUUACGUGUGUUUGACUUUAUCUGGAGUUAUGGUUUCCGGUUUCGCGACCGAUCUAAUCGGUAUUCACUCGAUUUUCGGAGCUUUUGUUUUCGGUUUAACUAUACCGAAAGACGGAGAGUUCGGUCACCGAUUGAUUGAACGGAUUGAGGAUUUUGUCUCCGGUUUACUCUUACCGCUUUAUUUCGCGACGAGUGGAUUGAAAACUGACGUGGCAAAGAUCAGAGGAGCUGAGUCGUGGGGGAUGUUGGGACUUGUCGUGGUUUCGGCUUGUGCCGGCAAGAUUGUCGGAACUUUUGCUGCGGCGGUGAUGGUUAAAGUUCCGGCGAGAGAGGCUUUGGCACUUGGUUGCUUGAUGAACACGAAAGGUUUGGUGGAGCUCAUUGUACUCAAUAUAGGCAAGGAGAAAAAGGUGCUAAACGACGAGACAUUUGCGAUACUGGUGCUAAUGGCACUCUUCACAACGUUCAUUACGACUCCGACUGUAAUGGCCAUUUACAAACCGGCUCGUGGCACCAACCACAAACUAAAGGACUUGUCGUCUAGCGAAGACUCCACCAAGGAAGAGCUUCGCAUCCUCGUCUGUCUCCAUGGUCGAGCCAAUGUUUCAUCCCUCAUCUCUCUCAUCGAGUCCAUCCAAACCACCAAGAUACUGCGGCUAAAACUGUUCGUCAUGCACCUCAUGGAACUAACGGAACGAACCUCGUCAAUCAUAAUGGUGCAAAGAGCCCGUAAAGACGGAUUACCUUUCGUCCACCGUCACGGCGAGUGUCACAGCAGCGUCGUAGGAGGUUUCCAAGCCUAUCGUCAAUUAGGCCGAGUCGCUGUCCGCCCAAUUACCGCAGUCUCUUCUUUACACACAAUGCACGAAGAUAUUUGCCACAUGGCAGAGACCAAAAGGGUCACAAUGAUCAUUUUACCUUUCCACAAACGAUGGAACGUUGAUCAUGGUCGUGGCCACCACCACCAAGACAGAGGAGAUGCAAACGUAUCGGAAAACGUUGGCCAUGGUUGGAGAUUAGUUAACCAGAGGGUUUUGAAGAAUGCACCGUGUUCCGUGGCCGUUCUUGUUGAUCGUGGGCUUGGGUCUCUCGAUCCCCAAAUUUCGAGUCUUGAUGGGUCGAACGUGGUUGAAAGGGUUGGUGUGAUUUUCUUUGGUGGGCCCGAUGACCGUGAGGCUUUAGAGCUGGGAGGGAGGAUGGCGGAGCAUCAAGCUGUUAAAGUUACCGUUGUUAGGUUUUUCGUGAGAGAAACGCUGAGGAGUAACGCCGUCACGUUACGACCAGCAUCGUCUAAAGGCAAGGAGAAGUAUUAUACCUGCUUGACAACCAACGUGGAUCCAAAAAAAGAAAAGGAACUAGACGAAGGAGUAUUAAAAGAUUUCAAGAGCAAAUGGAAAGAAACGGUGGAAUACAAAGAAAAGGAACCAAACAACAUAAUUCAAGAAAUAUUGUCAAUAGGGCAAAGUCAAGACUUUGACCUCAUAGUGGUUGGAAGAGGGAGGGUACCGUCGGCCAAGGUGGCGACAUUAGCUGAGCGUCAGGCCGAACAUCCCGAGUUAGGUCGUAUCGGAGACGUGCUUGCCUCUUCGAUCAACCACAUCAUCCCAUCAAUCCUUGUGGUUCAACAACACAACAAACCUCAAGUAGAAGAGAUUGCGGUUUCAAAAAUUGUUAAGGAGUCGUCCCUAACUAUUAAUGGAGAUGCAAAUGUAUGAAUAAAAUAAAGAUUGAUGUAGCCAGUUGAACGUUACCUUAAUGGUUAAAGUGGUAAGAAUUGUAGAAA